AAUGCAUUCGGCUGCAACUGGGCGCCUUGCGUGCCAGCCAGUGGCGGUGUGCAGGCGAUACAAAGGUGAAGAAAGUACCCUAAAGGAACUCAGCCUAAAGGGAGAGUUACGCCUGAAGAUGACUGAUUUAAAGGCGCCCCAACUUCUGCCUGUGCCGCUUCCUAGAUGUAUGACCUGAGGCAAGCUGCUGGACUCUAUUACCUGGCAGAACUGAUAGAAGAAUACACAGUGGCCACCAGCAGGAUCAUAAAAUACAUGAUCUGGUUCUCCACGGCUGUGCUGAUUGGCCUCUACGUUUUUGAACGCUUCCCCACCUUCAUGAUUGGCGUGGGCCUCUUCACCAACCUCGUCUACUUUGGCCUCCUCCAGACCUUCCCCUUCAUCAUGCUGACCUCGCCUAACUUCAUCCUUUCGUGCGGGCUAGUGGUGGUGAAUCACUACCUAGCGUUUCAGUUUUUUGCAGAGGAAUAUUAUCCUUUCUCAGAGGUCCUGGCCUAUUUCACUUUCUGUCUGUGGAUAAUCCCGUUUGCGUUCUUUGUGUCGCUGUCGGCUGGGGAAAACAUCCUGCCCUCCACCAUGCAGCCAGGAGAUGACGUGGUCUCCAAUUACUUCACCAAAGGCAAGCGGGGCAAACGCUUAGGGAUCCUGGUUGUCUUCUCCUUCAUCAAAGAGGCCAUUCUACCCAGUCGUCAGAAGAUAUACUGAACCCCUUGGGGAGGGGAUGUGGGAGCAAGAUCAGGAGAGUCAGGCCCCUGGGCCUCUGCACUAGGUGGGGGCCGUGAGCCUGGAAGGCACCUUCCCCCAGCCCUGGCCCUCGUUCCCUUGACUCUCCCUGAAGCCCUCGUCCCCACCUUCCUCGAGGGGCUCAGCUUGGCUCAGAUCUGACGUUGCUAGAGGGCGUGACCUCAGAGGGCACCGGGGGGAUGGCAGAGCCUGCUUAGCCAGGAGGCCAUGGUCCACCUGGUUAUGCGGAAGCUGAGCUCCCUGCGACCCUCCUGCCAGCUUCUGUGGUGGGUCAGGAGGUUCUGGCUCAGCCUGGGCAGGCGGGGCAGGGGCUGUGAAGCUGGAGAGCAAAUAGGGAUAAGUUCUCUGGGCAGAUGGCCGUGGGGAGGGGCCAUGGCUUGGCACUUCCAAGAGAAAUCGUUUUUGCUGUUGAACUGUGAUUUCUGUCCAAGUGCUGAUUCCCAUUUGAAUAAAGAUUCUAGGUGGCACUGUUUGCCUUAAUACCCUGAAAGUUCAUCUCCCUUUCUUCCUAUUGCUCUUCUGCCCUGGACUGGACGGGCUUUUCUGUUCCAGUGGCUCCUUUUCUGGGUUUGGGUCUUGCCCUCUCGAAGGGACUGCUGUCAUGGCCUUUUGUGGGAAAUGAGCAGCGAUGAGGAGCUGAGGAGCUGAGCCAGAU